AAACAGCACACAGAGUGAACCGAGACAGUGCCGAACUCUGGAACAAGUCGCCAUGGCUGCCUGUUUGCGCGUGCUGACAACCCUCGUCCUCCUUUUGGCGCUUUCAACCUCAACCAGCGGCUGGUUCUUCAGGAGAAUCAAACUACACGAUACCAAGAAUUGUUUCUGCAAGGCUGUCAACAACCACAACUACGGACAAGUCUUGAAAGACUUUGGCUCCAUCCAACACAGCCGGUGUUUUGUCCACUGUUCGUGCAGCUCCAAGGCACUCAUCACAUGUGGUACGGAGUGUGACCGGAAGGUCAAGGAGUGGGCGUGUGACCACGGGUGUGGUGGACUUUCGGCCGGUACAAAGGUCCGGGCAUCCUACAAAGCCAGCGUGUGUAACACCGGAAUUGCGGCAGACGUUUACGUUUGUGGCCAACAAAACAACUGUCAUCGUGGCUAGGUGUCCCCAGCUCCAGUGUCUCUGACCGAUGCUGAUGUGGAACCGGAAGACCUGAAAAAUAAAAGCAGUUAAAUUGCAAA